AAAGACCGAUGAGUUCCUCAGUUCCAGACUCUUCGGCUCUUCGCCUCUUCGAGUCUUCGAUUCCUCUGCAGCGUCUAACGGAACUUUUUCUCAUCUUCCCAGCGAUUCAUCCUCUUUUUAUAUCGCAAAUCAGCCCUCUUCUUUCCUUUGCCGAUUAAUUCCUCAAUUUCUUCUUAUUUGAAUUAAUAAAAGAGUUUGAAGGCUAUAGCUCAUCAUUCAUCAAAGAUAUCAAGAUUUGAAAUUCCUCUCUUCAUCCAUUUCUGUCUAUUGCAGUGUUCCACACUCUAUUUGCUUAUCCCAGGUUUUAUUGUUUCUUCAUAUAUUUAAUUCUAAUAUGCCUCCUAAAAUAAGAAAAUAUGAAUCUGGGUAUGCAAAACGUAAAGCAGUCGAGAGAUCCCGCUCCUUUUUUAUAUUCUAGAGCCUUGAAUUAUUGAGUUGCACAGGCCACCUUAAUUGAUUGGGCGGCACUGGGAAUUACAUCAUACAUUCCCAGGUUUCCGACCAAUCCAUAGCCCUCCCUCCGUCGAACUCCGUGUACAGACCCGCAUUCGUCCCACUGGCUAAGCCUGUAAAUGGAUAGUCGAAAAUCCGAUUACCGUCUGCAUUCGUAUCCGUUUAAAAAGAAAAAAUCCGUAUCCGUUUUAAACGGAUAUUAUCCGCAUCCAAUCCGGGAAAACCGAUUACGAAACGGAUGCGGAUUUGGUAUUUAUGAAUCCGAUCCGUUUAAAAUCCGAUUCGCAUGGACAUCCGUUUCAAUAACCGUUACCGUUUAUCCGAAUAAUCGUUUAUCCGAAUACCAAAUUAAAAUAAAUGUAAUAAAUAUAAUUUUGUUAUGUAUUUACCCCAAUUGCCAAUCCAAUAAAGUUGGGCUAGUGGCCCAUUAUGUGUAUAUCACAAAUCUAACUCUACCACAACAAUUCAACAAACAAGUUAAUCCAUAAUCCCUCAGCCCUUCCGCCGUCCACAAAUCAUCCCAAAGCAGCCGCUGGAAUCAUAGACUCAGAGAAUCACAGGAACUACUCCGAUACCUCAGCCCGUCGGCCAUCUUACUCCUUGACGGAACUGCUCUAAUCUUUCUCUAAGGAAUCGGCGAAUCGCAGCGGACUGCCAUCUCCUCCGAUACCUCAGCCCGUCGGCGAACUGCUCCAAUCUUUCUACAAUCUUUCUCCAAUCUUUCGGAUUUGGUGUAAACGGAUAAUCGGAUUAUCGGAUUUUAGGAAAUUUGGAUACUUAAACGGAUGUCGGUCGGAUACGGAUAUAUCCGAAUCCAAAAAAAUCCGACGGAUUCGGAUUUGAAAGUUAGAACAUCCGUCAGAUUCGGAUGCGGAUACGGAUGUUUCAUAUCCGAUGCGGAUUUUAUCCGUUUACAGCUCUACCACUGGCCUUUGACCCGAGGAAGAACGCCCAAUUCAAAGUCGUGGGCUUUUUCUGGAACGAGGUGAAUCCCCUCUCCAUUUCUGUGAACUCUAUGGUUUUCAGGUCUGAAUCUUGGGAGUGGAUGCAGAAACAGGGGAAGCUCUUGAAUUCGGGUCUGAUUUCCUAAGAGGGCUUCGUGUUUGGACAGUGCUUCGGCCCUGCAAUCUAUAUGAACUCAAGAUUACAUCUGAUAUGGUGCUUCUGUCUCUUAAUCUUUGAUGAAGACGGCGAUGAAUUCACAGUUUUGCCACUCCCAAGAAACCCCAAUGGAUCAUCAUAUUCAUACCACAAUCCCUGCCACCGCUCGCUAUGGGAAUCGGAGGGCAAACUGAAUCUUUGUGACCCGGAUGAACACGGGUUCCGAAUCUGGGAGUUCAGCAACAACACCCAUGAAUCAUUAUGGAAAUUGCGUCGGUUUGUGGUUCUGGACGAUUUAAUUUCAGAAACGAGGAGGGAGACGGGGGUGAGAGUGACUGUGGGGAAUUCCAUAAGGUCCUCUGGGUUGAAUGAGGAUUUGCAGAUUCUGUAUAUUCAUGUGGUUGUGUGCAAGAAAAUCGUAGGGUACAGCUUUGAGACUAAGAGGGUUGUGGGGGUUUGGUCCUAUGUAGAUGUGGGAGAAGAUUUCCAGCUUCGUACAUCCAUUGGAAACAACUAUUAGAAGAAGGGUAUUGUCGAAGGCUUCUUCUGGCAGCCGCGCUUCACACAGCGCAGAUCGGAGAGGGAAAAGAGAGGGAGUACUCUAUCGACCAGAAUGAAAACAGAGAUGACGGGCAGACCUUCAAGAACAGCGCAUCAUGAGGGAGAGGUAAAGGUGAACGUCGUGGUUGCAGGAGUACAAUCAACAAUUCUUCAUCUUUCUCAACAUUGGCUCGGCGGCUACGGUACAUUUCUAUUUUUUUUCAUCAAAUUCAUAUAGAAACUCUCAAAUUAGGAAUAGCUAAGGGCACAACUCGGUGGUGAUUGACAUGCUAAAUAAGAGGUGCAUUUAUUUGUUUCAAUCUCUUUAAUCCCUUUGAUGCACUUCCUACGGGUGGCAGAGCUGGGCUAGGCCCGCAACACCACCUGGCUUGCUGGAUUUUGGAUUGGCUUUGGUCUCUG